GUUGUGAAAAGUCACUUCUUGAUGAGAAACGUAGCCUUGACUCUUGAUGCUGGUGAUUCAAAAAAUGAAAAUCUAGGAUUAUUUUCUAAAGAACAGUGCUGCAUGCAGACAGACAACCAUGUCAGAAGACGUUCCCACAGCAGUUUUUCUUCCUGUAUACAUCAUAACUUUCCUGAUCGGCUUCCCGAAUUCUGUAUUGGCAUUCUAUUCCUGCAUUCGCAAGAUUCGCAGUAAACCUUUCCCUAUUGACAUAUUCAUGUUAAACCUCGUGGUGUCAGACCUCAUCUUUCUCACCUUCCUACCUUUAAAGAUGAAAGAAGCAGCAGAUAAUAUGAUCUGGAACAUGCCCUAUAUCCUGUGCUUGGUUCAUCUAUUCCUGUUCUUUCUGCCAAUUUACAGCACCUGCCUGUUUUUGGCAGCAAUUAGCAUUGAACGCUAUGUGUGUGUCGCUUUCCCGGUAAAUUAUAGAAGUCCAAGGAGGAUCACUUAUGCAAUAGUAAUAUGUGUUGCCAUCUGGAUGCUAUGUGUUAUAACUUCAGUGUUUGGUUACAAGGCUAUACUAACAUACACAACUCCUGAAGACAUGACUAACACACAGAACCUUAGAUGUUACAGUUACUUUUCCACGAGGCAACUCAAAGAUCUGCUUACAAUGCGACUGGUUGUUGUAGUGCCGUUUUUCUGCCUUCCUUUGAUCAUUUGCUUAUUUUGUUACAUCAAUGCUAUUCGUAUUUUGUUAAAGCUUCCUCUUAUCAAACGCCGUCGCAGACUCAGGGCGAUCGGACUAGCACUCGGGACUCUCAUUGUGUUUGCUAUUUGUUUUGCACCGUACAAUGCAUCGCACAUAGUGGGCUACAUAAGACAAGAGGAUCCGAAUUGGCGUAUGAAAGUUUUAAUGCUGACCACUUUAAAUGCAGGUCUUGAUCCUUUUAUUUUUUACUGCAUCUCUUGGGAGAUGCGAAGUGUCAUUAAAAUAUGCGUACAAGGCUUUUUUCAGUUAAUUAAUUGUUUAAAGUAA